AUGAGCAUUGACCUUCAGGAUUUGUCGGACGACCACGUCGUCCGACUGACAAAGCUCCUCUGCCGCCGUCCCGAGUAUGGUGUUGCUGUUCCUUCCAAGAGAUGGCUCCAGCGACAGGAAGAGAGGAUGAAGAACUUGCCAAGUCUGAUGCUUCGCCCGACGAACCCGUUCAAGCGUCUGGCUAUGAAAAUUGCAGACACGUUCGAGCCUGACCUCAUCGACCCUCAGGCAGUGCUGUGCAAGACACACGCAAGCCUCAACCCCUGGCUCAUCAGGAGGGUGUUCCUCGCGUUGGCUUACGAGGCUACUGUGCACAGCGACCCAUUGCGCUCUUGGGAAGGUCGGAUGGGGAUACCGACCCUUUCUGCCUUCAUCAGCCGCGUGGAUGCCAUUGCAGCGUUGUGGACGGAGCCGCGUCUGUUCCGCGAAUGCUAUGGUGUACCGCCCUUUGACAGCCACAAGAUUUACGUCAGAUCCGGCUGUGAGGCGUGCAUUCUCGGUGCCGUGGGCGCCAGCGGACAGAUCCUGGCCGACCUGCGCGCCCUCGUCGUGGACCGGAUUGAGAGGCGCCAGGAGGCGUACAGCGGCCACUCGCCCAGGGAUCCUCGCCUUGGCCGCUUGGUUGAGGCAUGGGUCGACCACCUGCGAAGCAGCAAGGAAGAGAGAGAUCGGGCGCAAGCGUGUAGGGCGAUGAGCGAAGAGGUCCUGACCGAGUUGAGGGCAGUUCGGCCUCAGAUUAGGGAGUGGAGGCGCCGGCAGAAGAAGUCUCACAGGCACUCUCGGGCCUUGAAACGUUCGGGCGGCUACACUGAGCUGAGAAGAACAAGUACGGGCAGGCGCCUGAGCCAUGUCCCAAGCAAUGCGCGGCAUAGUCGAAGGACGAAACACGGCAUCCCGGUGGCUAUGGCUGACAGGGAGGGCGCGGAGGACCAGAGGCGGGCUGGCCUGUACCGACAUUUCAACACGGCUAGCAUCUACCGGCCUGACAGCUUGUGUGACUUUUCGGAAGUCGGGAGGAGACAGCAGGCGGCACGUAGUAUGCCGGUCAGUCGACUAGGGGCUCCUCAGCCCGCACGAUUGAGCGGACCAAGUGACGGUGAGCCGCCCACUCAGUCUUUCAUCGAGGGCUUCGAACGUGAGUUUCCCGUCGAGUCCGAUGAGAGCGACCCUUACGACUACGACUACGACUACGAUGACGACGACGACGAGCCGGAAGAGCUUGCGGAGCGGGACUUGGACAAGGAAGAGAUGGGCCGGUCAAAGGUCAGCGAUUGGUACGCCAACCGCUUUGCCGAGACACACGAGGACCUCGCCAUGGACGACACGGUCAUGUCAAUGAUCCAUCCGGCCUUUCAGACCGGUUCGAUCAUCGCUCCGUCCGCCGUGCCGGCGCCACUCCAGCUGAAGAAGGAUCGCGACGACCCGAGAGAGGAGCACAGCCCGAAUAGGCGUAGCGACGCAUGGACUGACGCGACCGUCUACACUGUAGACCAGAACACCAGUGGCGUCGGGACUGGGCCGAGAGAAGACGCACAGCCACCGCCGGUGCCCCGUGUGCCGUCGCGAUACAGAGACCACGGGCACGACGGGACAGACCGCGAGCGCACGCCGCGACCAAAAUCCGUCUUGUCCAGACGCACUUCAGUCGCCGCGCCGCCGCCGCCCAGUAGUCGAACCCCGCGCCAGUCCUCCGUCGAUCGACCCAGGCGCUCGACGAGCCCUCUCAUCCCCGUGAGCGAACCAGUCGAAGCCGCCGCCAGCACCAGCACGCCGACGCGGUCUUCACCACCUCUGAACUGGCCCGCCCCGCCCCCGGCCUCGGCCUCGGCCCCGCCCCCCUCGGGUCCCAUGGGAAAACCCAGCAAGAAGUACCUGUUCCUGGAGUCGGACGCGGGCUCGCGGCUGUCGGUCUCGCAGCGCGAGUACUUGAAGAGCUGCCGCGGGAUGCGCGACUACAGACCGGAGGACAACCCGUUCACACGCGCGGGCAGUCGUAAUGAAGGUCCUGGGACGCCGAUGAGCCCCACGGCUCGGACAUUCACGCGCGCGGGUAGCCGCAAUGAAGGUGGGGGGACGCCGGUGAGUCCUACGGGUGGUCGGGCAUCCGCGUCUUCUGCCAGAACUAGGACGCAGACGCCGGGUGCUAACGAGAUGAACCAGGCUUCUUCUUCUUCGCGGGCCAGCCACACGAGCGGGAGCAGGGGAUCAAGGGUCGGCGCUGCCGUCCCGUCGUUGUCUUCGUCGCACGGCAACACCAUCGACGAAGAGGAGGGGCCGAGGCGGCCUGUUGACUGCGAGCCUAGGAGAGCGACGGCCGAAGAUGAAAAAGCGUGGCGCGAGGCCUGGGGCGCGCGAGACGACCAGAGCGACUUUCAGAACGUACUGCCGGACGACUCGAUCUCGAAUGUCAUGUGUGGAGACACAGCCUGA